AUGCACCUGCUGCGAUGGGAGUACUUAUCUGCAGUGCAAUCAUCCACGUUGCACUCCACCUUGCCUCAAUCUGUGAUAGUAGCCAUUGCAAUCAAGGGGCUACUCCCACAGAUUAAGCAGUUGGUGUACACAAAGGAGACAGCAACCCUGGACGAGGUUCAUCACCAGGCACAGCUGGCCGUACAGUCGCAGGCCCCCAGUACAGCAGAGGUCGGCUUGGUCCAACAAGUUGAACAAUUAACAAACUUGGUGGCCAUGCUGAUUACAACAAACAAGGCCUGUACUGUACAGUUAGCAAUCCCUUCAACCAGCCCACAGCAGCAACAGCCCCGGGACCACCACCAACAGCAACAGCACCCAUACCACAACAACCACCACCACCACCAACCAGCCCCACCACCACCCGCCAACCAGCAGCAGUACCAACCACCACCACAGCCACCAGCGCCAGCAGUACCAACCAGCGCCACCACCACAGCACAGUACCAACCACCAUCACAGCCACCACAGCAGCGGGUACCAGCCACCACCACCAGCCACCACCACAGCGGUACCAACCAGCGCCAGUACCAACCACCAGCACCACAGCACCAGUACCAGCCAGCACCACCACAGCGGUACCAGCCAGCCACCACCACAGCAGUACAUGGCGGCAACCACCACCACAGCAGUGCCACCACAGCGGUACCAGCCAGCACCACCACCCAGCAGUACCAGCCACCACCACCACAGCGGUGCCAACCAGCGCCACCACAGCACAGCGGUACCAGCCACCACCACCACAGCCAACCAGCCACCAUACCACCACCACAGCAGCAGUACAGCCACCAGCCACCACAGCAGCCACACCAGUGCCACCACAGCAGUACCAACCAGCGCCACCACAGCACAGCACACCAGCCACCACCACCACCACAGCGGUACCAGCCAGCGCCACCACCACAGCGCCAACCACCACCACAGCAGUACCAACCAGCGCCACCCAAGUACCAGCCAGCGCCACCACCACAGCAGUACCAACCACAACCACAGCCACCACAGCUGUACCAACCAGCGCCACCACCACAGCAGUACCAACCACCACCACAGUCACCACAGCAAGUACCAACCACCACCACAGUCACCACAGCAAGUACCAACCAGCGCCACCACCACAGCAUGCUCCUCUACAACCCAGUGCCCCUCUACAACCCAGUGCCCCUCUACAACCCAGUGCUCCUCUACAACCCAGUGCCCAUCUACAACCCAGUGCCCCUCUACAACCCAGUGCUCAUCUACAACCCAGUGCCCCUCUACAACCCAGUGCCCAUCUACAACCCAGUGCCCAUCUACAACCCAGUGCUCCUCUACAACCCAGUGCUCCUCUACAACCCAGUCCUCCUCUACAACCCAGUGCUCCUCUACAACCCAGUGCCCCUCUACAACCCAGUGCCCCCUCUACAACCCAGUCUACAACCCAGUGCCCAUCUACAACCCAGUGCUCCUCUACAACCCAGUGCCCAUCUACAACCCAGUGCUCCUCUACAACCCAGUGCCCAUCUACAACCCAGUGCUCCUCUACAACCCAGUGCCCUCUACAACCCAGUGCCCAUCUACAACUCAGUGCUCAUCUACAACCCAGUGCUCAUCUACAACCCAGUGCUCAUCUACAACCCAGUGCUCAUAAACAACCCAGUGCUCCUCUACUACAAACCCAGUGUUCUCCCAGUGCUCCCUCUACAACCCAGUGUGCUCCUCUACAACCCAGUGUCCUCUACAACCCAGUGCCCUCUACAACCCAGUGCUCAUAAACAACCCAGUGCCCCUCUACAACCCAGUGCCCCUCUACAACCCAGUGCCCUCUACAACCCAGUGCUCCUCUACAACCCAGUGCCCCUCUACAACCCAGUGCCCCUCUACAACCCAAUGCCCCUCUACAACCCAGUGCCCCUCUACAACCAAGUGCCCUACGUUUGGUGCAUUCCCAUCACAUGUGUGACUUGUUUAUAG